AUUCGCACUCAAAAUUGAGUGCGGAGCUAUAACGUGGCUGUCGAAACCAAAAGCGUGGUGUUAACAAUAAACCAAACACAAAUUUCACACAGACAUGAAGCUGACUGACGAGACUGUUAGAGGGUUUCGGGUUGCUAAGAUAUUUAGAGAAAAUGCGGACAGAGUUAGUAGUAUUGACUUUUCAGCAAACGGGGACACUUUGAUAUCAAGCAGUGACGAUGAUUCUAUUGUCAUUUAUGAUUGUUUGAGCGGAACGCCAAAGCGAACUCUAAACAGCAAAAAAUAUGGUGUGGACUUGAUUCGUUAUACACAUGCUGUCAAUACUGCUCUUCACUGCUCAACAAAAGUUGAUGAUACAAUCAGAUACUUAUCUCUCCAUGACAACAAAUACAUUAGAUACUUUCCUGGCCAUACAAAGAAAGUUGUCACAUUAUGCAUGUCUCCAACGGACGACACUUUCAUCUCAGGAUCUAUGGAUAAAACAAUUCGAUUGUGGGAUCUGCGCUCACAAAAUUGUCAGGGUCUGAUGCAUCUGACAGGAAGACCAGUUGCAGCAUUUGACCCGGAGGGACUAAUAUUUGGUGCUGGUGUCAACUCAGAAAGUGUCAAGCUUUAUGAUCUCAGGUCUUUUGAUAAGGGUCCAUUUGCAACAUUCAAACUGCCACAAGAUAAAGAAUGUGAUUGGACAGGACUGAAGUUCAGCCCAGAUGGCAAGCUUAUUCUGAUAUCUACUAAUGGCUCAGUUAUUCGUCUAAUUGAUGCUUUUCACGGGACUCCUCUGCAGACAUUUGUGGGUUUUCAGAAUCAUAGAGGUAUUCCACUUGAAGCAUCUUUCACGCCUGAUUCACAGUUUGUGUUUGGAGGAUCGACAGAUGGCAAAGUUCACUGCUGGAGCACAGAAACAGGUGCCAAGAUUGCUAUACUGCAGAGUGAUCACCCUGGACCCAUUCAGAACCUACAGUUUAAUCCCAAAUAUAUGAUGAUGGCUUCAGCAUGUACAAAUAUGGCAUUCUGGCUUCCCUGUGUGGAUGACUGAGAUUGGAAUGCAUUGGUCACAAGCAUGGCACAAACUCACAAGUUCCAGCUCCUGGAAUGCAUCCAUCAGCAACCCUUGUAAUUCUGAAGGAGCCAGAGAUAAUGCACUGGCAAAUAUGGUUCAGUGAGAUGCUGGUUCUAGAGUAUACUUUUUCUUCCCCAGUCUUUUUCUUUCUUUGUCCAAAUCUUCUCAUUCUAUUUUUUUUCUCUCUCACCCAAACACCGUAUAACUAGAAUUGUAUUCUAGGAAGUCAGCAGAAAAUGUAAGUUCCAAAGAACAUACACAUCAAAUUAUUAAAUAUUUAGCUUUGUGAAGAGAUCUUUUAGUUUCUGUGGGUUCUUUGACACUAAACUUAUGUAAAAUGUUUGGUAUUUAAACAUAAGAUGUGAGAUAUGGAUGCAGACUUUACCAAGUAAACAUGGUGAAGAAUGCAUCCUGAGAGGCCAGGUGCAGACUAAACUAUACAUAAAUUGUAAAUAAAAUGUGAGCAACCAUCUCAUUUGCUCAUUCAGCAUGAUGCCAUCGAAUACCAUUGUGAUUAUAUGAUGUGAUUGAAAGAUUAUGAGGCGAAUGGAUUGUUUGGGUGCAUGCUGUUUUGAGUUUUGUGUGUAAGGCUGUAAUGUAUAGACAUUUUGAGGGGAAAAACCCCCAAAAUUUUGGUUUAAAUAACUUUCAAACCAAGAACUGGUUAGAGUUUUAUCAUCAGAUUUCAUUUAAUAUCAUCAUCAAAUAAAAGUUAUUUCUAAAUUUUGUUACCAUUUUAAGAAAUGUACAGAAUUUUUUAAAAUCAGUUUUCUUGGUACAGUUUUCAUUUUCACUUAAAGCAUUUUCAAUAUGCAUUUACAGCAUACCACCCAACUCCUAAAAGGUGACUUGUUUAUUCAUGUGUGCAGAAAGCCAUGAUGAAAAUUUUUUUUAAUGGUUUUGACCAAAGUCCUUUUUUUAAAUUUUAAUAAUUUAUGCAUUUCAUCAUAAGAAGAUGAUGUGAGGCUGUAAAGCAUUGUUCAUUUUUGACUAUUUCAUUGUGAUUAAAGACACAGAAAUAUA